UUAGGACCAUGUACUAUGCCUAGUUUGGUUCCACUUGAUGUGUGGGACUUCUUGGUUGAGCCAGUUGAAUCAGGACGCUGCUUUGGAGGAGGACUUGUACAAAACAAAGCUGCUGUGCCUGAGCAGCCACCCAGAGACCCUUUGCUGCAGUUAGUCUCCCUCCAGAAGGCGUCUGGCUGCUGGCUGCUUGAUCCAGCUCUGGCUGCUGCACUGGGAAAGACCAACGAGGAGGUGGAAAAGUCAAAGCCUGAAAAGGCCAGCAGUGAAGUGUGGGCCACCAUUCUGGCUCUGAUCUGGCUUCAUGGUUUCAAGAUGGAAGCCAAGGACGAGUGGCUUCUGGCUAUGAAGGCUGCCUCGUGGCUCCGUGGUCAGAAUGCACCGUGUGUGUCAGAGUGUGUGGAUGCUGGAAAUGUCCUGCUGGGUUGCAGCGUGAAGAAAGAAGCUCUGGGACUCUGAGGGUUUUCUUAAAGUAGCUUCAUCUUCAGAGUGAACAGAAGCAGGUCUACUUACUCCACACUGCCUUUGAUACAGAGCUGUUUUAUAUCAUCAACCCCUUUUACAUGUUUAUUUGUUAUGAAUUAUGUACCUAAUUUUGGUUUUACCAUUGUGGAAAAAAAGUAUGUGCACAAUUAUCUGAAUA